UUUCAACCCGUCUGCAAACCGAUGGGCUUUAGAAUAUGCUCCCAGGACGUUGUGAAUUGCAGGUUAUAAAAGCGUCGUCGCUUAAUUUCUCUAUUAAGAUAAAUCAUAAUUGAGCUGGAGAGAAUGACGAUACGUUCGUUUUAAUUUUAAAGACGCUGUUUAGAACAGCAUAUCGCUAGCAGACUGGAAGGCAGUUGUCCUGUUCGCUAACGUUAGGUUUUGAUUCGCUCUCAUUGUUGUGUGGCGACGUAUCGUUAGCUAGCACAGGCUAGCUAGCUAAUUAGCUAGCGGAGGAUUUAAGAGUUCCGCAGCGAGAAAAUGGCUUGUGAACCCAACCGUGUUCGGUUGCUAUGCAUGCUGUCACUGACAUUUGGGUUUUUUAUUGUGGAGGUUGUGGUCAGCCGGAUGACCGCAUCCUUGGCGAUGCUCUCGGACUCAUUUCACAUGCUAUCGGAUGUCAUAGCGCUUGUGGUGGCUUUGGUCGCUGUCCGCUUUGCGGAGAAGACACAAGCCACAAACAAAAACACUUUCGGAUGGAUCCGUGCGGAGGUGAUGGGAGCCCUUGUCAAUGCAGUGUUUCUCACAGCACUGUGUUUUACCAUCAUCCUGGAGGCCGUUGAGCGUUUCACCGAGCCACACGAGAUCGAUAGACCCCAUGUUGUCAUUGGUGUCGGGGCGGCGGGGCUUCUGGUUAACCUGCUAGGGCUGUGUCUCUUCGGACACGUCGGAGGGGGACAUGGCCAUUCCCACGGAGGCCACUCUCACGGAAGCAAGAAGAAUAAAAGGGCGAAAUUGUGCAAGUCGGAACGGCCGUCCGGCAGUGGCUGUUCGGGCGAGGAGACCAACAACUUGGUUGGAAAUCACAACACCAGUCCGAACGGCGUAAAUGCCGACAGACAUGAGACCUCACGGAAGGACAGCAGGGAGCUGCAGCUGAACGGCAGCACGCCGUACGAGGAGCUGGAGUCGGCCAUGGCGGAGGUGGACGACUCGUCAGCGGCGCAACUCAACAUGCGCGGCGUCUUCCUGCACGUGCUUGGCGACGCGCUGGGCUCGGUCAUCGUGGUGAUCAACGCGCUCAUCUUCACCUUCGUGUGGCAGCCGUGCGAGCCAGGCACGCCCUGCGUCAACCCGUGCACGCAUGGCCACUGCUCGGACCACCUGCACCUCAACCACACGCUGGUGGGCAUCGACGACGGCCUGGACGCCAACGGCAGCCUGCAGAUGGGGGGCGGCGGUGGUGCGGCGUACCUCGGGGCGGUGGUGACCCGCGCCGGACCGUGCUGGGUGCUCUACCUGGACCCGGUGCUGUGCGUGACCAUGGUGACCAUCCUGCUCUACACCACGUACCCGCUGCUGAAGGAGUCGGCGCUCAUCCUGCUCCAGACGGUGCCCAAGCAGAUCGACGUGAGCCAGCUGAGCGAGCGCCUACGGGCGCUGGACGGCGUGCUGGCCGUGCACGAGCUGCACAUCUGGCAGCUGGCGGGCAGCCGCAUCAUCGCCACCGCGCACAUCAAGUGCCAGGACCCGACCGCCUACAUGGACGUGGCCAAGCGCAUCAAGGCCUGCUUCCACGACGCCGGGAUCCACGCCACUACCGUGCAGCCCGAGUUCGUCACCAUGGACUCGGCGUCGCGCGCGUCACUCUGCGAGCUCUCGUGCCGUACGCAGUGCGCGCCCAAGCUCUGCUGCGGUGCCGCCGAGGAGAACAACGGCAAGAGGCCGGCAGACGGCGGGAACAGCAAGGCGCUCGCCGAGGCCACGGCCACGCUGGAGGUCAUCAGCGAGUCGCUGGAGAGCGCGGCCGCCGGGAGCGCGGGGCAGAUCCAGGUUUCGCCACGGUCCGAGACUGACCCAGCCGCCGCCGCCGCUGUGGUCGUUGCAAGAGAGGUGGAAUCUUCCCUGUGAAGAUGCUAAGACAGCAAGAAAGAAAGAGAGAGAGAGAGAAAGAGAGAGAGAGAGAGAGAGAAAGAAAGAUGGAAGAACGGGAAAAGAUGAUGCCUUUGUUAACUUGAUGGAGGAACAGGCUCAGUCAGUGCGGAGAUUCUUGAAGUCACUCGAUGACGUUUCUCUACGUUUCACCAAAAAAACCACUGGAAGGCUGCGAAACGUGUCUGAUAUCACUCACUAGAGAGAGAGGGACCUCUUUAGGGAGACCUGAACACACACACACACAAAAAAACACACGCUCGCUCGCACUCGCACUUGCUCGCACAUCUCUCUAGAUAUGCUUUUUUUCUGCCAACGUUUAUUUCUGAUGAUGAGCUUGAGCUGUGUGUGUGUGUGUGUGUGUGUGUGUGUGUCUGUGUGUGUGUGUGUGUUUGUGUGCCGUGCCUCUGCAUGCAUGUGUUUUUCCGUGUGCACUGCGUUGUGAUGUGAUGUGAUGAUGACGUCAGGUUGGUGUUUAACGUGUGCCAAAGCUUCUUCUCGUGCAAAGCGGGGGUGGGGGUAAAGAUCCUUCAUCUUUUUACGAGCCCUCGCCCAAAACAAAACUCAUGCAACUGACUAAAGCACAGCUAUGCCCACUCCACUUUUCCAGAACUCAGAACUUUCUUUUCUAAAAGUAUUUUCCCCUUCAGAAUAUGCUUGACGCUAUCAAGCCCCCCAUCCCUCCCUUAUCUCAAGAUUGUUUUAAGACACAAACAAGCUAUAUUAAUAAUUUAUGUAUUUAAGUUAUUAGUAACAAUCUCUUACUCUUUCUGUAGGCUUUUAUAUGAAUUUAGUUAGAAAUAUUUUUGAGCCAUGAAAUUGUAAAAAAAAAAAUGUAUUAGCUUUUUUUUCUGUUGACUUUUUCAUACACAAACCAUACAACUAUGCUGUACAGUUUUAUUUUUAGUCAAAGAACUGGACAUUUCAGAAACACUAUCCUGCCUUUCUUUUGUGGAUGGUCUUUUUCACAGGACUUCUGAUUAAAACAAAGAACCAAGGUCAUCAUUAGCUACUUGCCUUCCAUGGACCGCUGCUUUGAUGAAGCACUGGGUAGGUUGCGCUACUGCUAAAACUACUGGACAUUUUUCUUCUCGGCAAACCUCAGCUGUUCUUUCAGAAACAUAAAAAGUGAAUUACUCAGAUGCCUUGCAAGUCUCAUUGUCACUUGUCUCGUCUAUAUGUGUAAAGUAAAGAAAUGUCUAAAGAAAUGUCACAUGUUAAUUUCAUGACUAUGCUGGUCUGGAGCGGGGCACUUGGGAAGCAUUUGAGUGUAGGUGGAACUGUGUUUUUGAAAAUCUACAGGGAUUGGUAGUGCACUGGGUGUUAAGGUGGGAGGUAAAUUGUCCACAUUGCUGGAACAUUGUAACAACCACUUUGCUUGACCAAACUGAGGUGUGUUUUGCGUAAAUCACUAGGCAACAAGGGAUCCCAGGUUCACUAACAAGCAUUGUCUUCGUUGGAGACUGUUUUCCUCUCAGAUAUCAAAACAUAGCAAAGUGGUAAUUAUUUGGUCUCAACUUUCACCCUUGCGAGGGAUUCCAAAUAUCAUUUCAGUUUACUACAUUCAUUUAAUUUCAUGUUCCCACAAAAACAUGUUCUAGUAAUCAGCUGCCCAAGUGUGAUGGACAUCUAUUGGUCACCUACCCCACAGCAUUCAGCCAGUGGCUCCUGUAGUCCAGGCUAGUGAACUCUUUUCAGUGUGAACCAACAGUCUGCUAUCUGGAAGGCUGAUCACUCAUUCACUUCUCUGGUGCAUGAAGCCUCAAAGAGUCUUGAAACCAGCAGCAGUGUGAUCAGGCUCAUUUAAUGGAUUAGUGGUACCCUUCUCAUUCCUCGUGUGGCUGAGUAGUGUUGUUCAGAUGGUGACCGAUAGAUGCAUUGUGGGUAGACAUUAAGAGUGAAUGUAAACUAUGACGGAAGACCUAAGAUCGAUGCAGAUUGGACCUUUCUCACUUCCCCUGUGUUGGUGAUUGGUUCCUUUUUUGUACUAUUAUUUUGAUGUCCCCUCCUAAAUCAAUGGGAUGGCCCUUAACAAUUUUUACAAAUACUGUCAUCUGAUAUGAUAUAUGUAUAUAUAUUAUAUUACAUAUACCAGUCAAUAUGUGUCAUUGUGAAUUAAAGAGGACUGUUUGGUACAGUU